AUGACCGACAAACUAAGUAUCUCGAUGAUCACAAUCUUGAUGAGCUUCUUCCACGACGUUAGGCGUAACGACGCACGGUUAAACCAACUCCGAACGGCACUCGCACAACUUCCACAUAGCAUCCCCCUCGGAAAUUCCAAAUAUAAUUUUGAACACUAUGUACCAGAUCCGGAUAGGGUCGAGCUCUAUGGCAGUACCGAAGCUGCGCUGAAUAAUGUGCUCGAGGUCACGUUUGCACCCAGAGGCCGGAAGGAUGAGUCCGCACUGUGUCCAUUUGAGUUUGAGGAGCGCGGGCCAGGUCUUGUUGCAGUUGUCGACGUUCUAACGGCUGCCCUCAACCAGUGUCCCAAUUCUGCGCUGCUUCAAAAAUGGCUUCGUGAUCUGUGGCGGACCACAGUUUAUCACUAUAAUUGUGCAAAGCAACCAGUUCCAAGUCCUACCAACACCGAAAAUGCAACAGCCGCUAGUACAGCAAACUCCGAGGCACUCGAUAUUGAUGCUGGCGACUAUGAAGACUUGCCUGAGCCAGUUGCGCAAGGCCCAUGUGGCCGUCCAAUUGAUACGAAGCUCCUCGCACUUGCAAUCCGAUGUUACAAGAAGGAUGACCCAUCCAAGGCACACAUGUUUCGCUGCGCGGGAACAAAUACUGGCUGCACCACUACGUGGAAGUCCAAGAGCCGGGACAAGAGACGGAUCCUCGUACAUGCAGCAACCUGCGAGCACCUUCCGCGCAAGCUCAAAGAAAAGCUUGAUGGAGGCUUAGCAAUAGAUGCUCCAUACACGAAAUCGGCAGUACUUAACUGUGCCGCCACGACCUCAAAAGCUCAACAUUCGUCUCCUGGUAUCACUGUGACAACUCAAUCCCAGCCACUCGCGAAUAAGGCUCGAACUGAAGCCCCCGUGACAACUCGAUCCCAGCCAUCAGUUGCCCCGCUCGCAAAGAAGGCUCGAAUGAAGGCCUUAACAGCACAGCUCCAUUCUGACGUUGUGCAGUUGUUCUGCGUCGGGGGCCUUCCCCCGAGCAAGGUUGACCUGCCAGAGUGGAAGUCUAUGUGGCUGCAUGCCGUACCAUCCUACGUCCCAGCAUCAUCAUCAAAGUUAGAAGAAUAUCAAAUUCCAGCGGAGGCCGCACUUGUUCGUACAAAACAGCUCGAACAUUUACGCACCUGCAUAAACCUCAGCAUAACUUUUGAUGGUCGAACCACUCGCUUACCUGAGUCCGUCUACACAAUCCAAGAUCACCUAUUUGGUGUUUUGGACGGUGUAAGUUGA